UCCAAAAGCUGAGAGUAGCCCACCGCCGUCUCGUCUCCCCCACCGCGACCGCGAAGCUAGGGUUUACGGUCGCCGCGUCCGCCCCCCUCCCAGAGGCGGCGGAGCGCAUGGCUGGCGCCCAAGGGCCGACGUUGCCGGCCACGGCAGAGGAGAUGGAGAUGGACAUCGAGCUCUCACGCCGGGGCUGGGGACCCAGCUUCGAGUUCGCGUUCGAUUCAGAGCGCUUCUCCGACAAGAUGCUCCGGAUAGAGAUCGUGUCCAGCGGCGAAGUCGCCGGAGGAUCCCUCCCGGAACCGGCGUGCCACCGCCAGGAGAAAGGCACACCAGUUUUACGAGUAAAGACAAUUCAUAUCAAUUCAGCGAUUCUUUCUGUUAGAAGUCCUUUCUUUCUCAAGUUGUUCUCGAAUGGCAUGAAAGAAUCUGACCAGACACAUCCAACACUUAGGAUUGCUGAUUCAGAGGAAAAUGCCCUUAUGGAGAUUUUAAGCUUUAUGUAUAGUGGGAAGUUGACAACAACUGAGCCCACUCUUCUGCUCAACAUCUUGAUGGCUGCCGAUAAAUAUGAGGUUCUUUCUUGCGUGAGUUACUGCAGUCAGCUGCUCACAAGGUUGCCCAUGACCACAGAAUCUGCGCUGCUCUACUUAAAGCAUUCAUGCUCCAUUUCAGUGCCAGUUGAAGUUGAACGUUUGGUAGUUGCAGCCAAGGAAUUCCUAGCCUUCAAAUAUGAGGAUGUGCUUGAGUUCAAGGGCGAACUUAAGAAUUUCCCUCUUGCUGGGAUCGAAGCCAUCUUCUCAAGUACUGGCUUACAUGUACGAACUGAAGAUGACAUAUAUGAUUUCAUGCUCAGCUGGGCCCGUGCGCGAUACCCAGAUCUGGAGGAAAGGCGCAAGAUCCUGAGUUCUAGUUUACUUCCGCUGGUGCGCUUCAGUCAUAUGAGCCGUAAUGGACUGCAGAAGGUCCUACUGUGCACUGAUGAUGAUAUAGACCAUGAUCAAGUAAAUAAGUGUAUCAGUGAGGUACUUCUGCACAAAGCUUACCCAUCACACUUGUAUGGUGACCGUGCAGUAGACGCGACAACAUGGCAACUUGAAGAGCGAGAUUACUUGUUCAAACCUGUGAAGUUAGUUGCAUUUGACGGACCCUGCCCACAGGUUAUAGCUUACUGAGAUCUAAAGCGUGAGGACUGCUCCCGAUUUUUUCAUUCCAAACAGAACCGUUAUACAGAGGUUUUGUCGCAUUCGCUCCAUCAUGCAGGCCUUAACUUGUUUCUCUUAGCAUAAUGUGUCGGGAACAAGGUGAGUGGGCUGUAUAGCUUUGGCUUAUUCUUGUACGUCAGCAAGAGUUCAAAGCGUGUGACAUUACAGUAUGAGUUUGCUGCAAGGACAAAGGCGUCGGGCAAAUUUGUGAGCAGGUUUGAGGGUCAGGGUUCCUUCACUACUGGAUCCAAGCAUGGAUGCAAUAAUGUCUUUGGUACUGCAUGGUCGAACUUUAUUGCUGACGACAACCUCUUCAUCGACGGCGUGUUGCAUCUGAGAGUUGAUUGGACGGUGGUGGAGCAGUCGGAGUUAUGAACUUGAUAUCUUAUUCCUUGGGCUCUUACACUAAAAGUUGUAGGCUUGAUGCUGAGAAGAUCAUGGAUUGAUCUUGAAUGAGUUUUUUUUAAAAUCUGAAAUGAGUUAUCUGCUUCUUCAUGACCACGUUUUUGUCGAUGUCAAGAUAUUGCUACUAUAUGCCGUUUUCUGCUAUGCUUUGGUCCCUUGUCCCUGCAGUUG